AUGCCAGCUUCUGUCCACAACCAUAUUGAUGAGAAGUUGUACCACCAUUUGCGGCUGUUCCUUCCAAAGGAGCUUGGCGAAAGGGCACGGGUUGUGUUGGAGCAGGCUCUUGAACUUUUUGCCAAUGAUCGGCAUUUCGACGUUUUGGCAUGCAUUGACGGUCUACUAAAAGAAUGUGCGGAGACACCAGCGCCGCUCUUACCGUUGCUUCAGGCAGCUGUUGAGCCCGCCAACUCUGUGGACCCCGACGCCGCCGCCAGCACCACCGUUGUCGCUUUGCCGUCCGCCCUCAGUAUUGAAUUAUUCAUGGGCUUCAUUCGUCAGUCGGUGAUGUAUCGCGUGGCAUCUGAGAAGGUGCGGCGCUGUCGCUCUCUCCUAGACGACAUUUGCAACAGGGAGAGCUGGCAGCCUGUGAGCACCAUCGAUGCCACUGGUAGCGGGACGUUUUACCGCUUUGAUGAAACAACGCAUACACACCUCUUCAAGGUGAUAGGCGACGUGCCAAGCAGCGUGAUGCGCGUGAUGGGUGUUCUGAUGGAGUUGGAUCUCUACUCUGAGUGGUUCCCUUUCUGUUUUCACGCAACGCUGCAGGGGGAAGUAACUCGCUUCCACAAGGCAUCACAUUUGGCGAUCCGUCUGCCCUGGCCAUUUGCCAACCGCGACAUGUUUCUGGAGGGCUACGGCGUGGACGAUCUCACGGAGAACAGACGCGUUGUCGUUGUGUCUCACAGUUUGUGCGAAGACGGCCCGAUGCCACCUGAAGUGCGGCCGCCCGAGCCGAGCGCGUGCGUGCGUCUCGAGAUGCAAUGCGGUGGGUUUUUGGUGGAGGCCGUGAGCCCGGUGAAGUGUCGCGUCUCAUUUAUCGUAAACGUCGACCCGAAGUUGCCACAUGCACCGAUGUGGGCGGUCAAUUGGGCAUCAGGGAAGCUCGUUUGGGCAAUCCUGCACGAGAUCAGCAAGACAGCGAAGCAGUCGGAUAACGACAAGAGCAAAUAUGCUGAACGUCGCCGUCAACGACCUGAUGUCUAUGAAUACUUGCAGGAGCGCUACCACCAGAUCUGUGGUCUUCAUUUUCCGGAUUGGGAGUGA